CAUCUGGGGCUCCUGUGCAUCCUGUUGCCUCCCUUUCCUGCAGCCUCAGGACUCAGCAGGGCCCGGGUGGCCUGGGUCCAGCGGAAUCUUUAUGGGAUGCUGCAAGAGUUCAUGCUGGAGAAUGAGAGGCUCAGGAGAGAAAAGAGCCAGCUGCAGAGUAGCCAGGAUGUGGCCCAGGGUGAGCAGCGCCUGCUGGCCCAGAAGGUCCAAGAGCUGGAGCGGCGCCUCCUCAGCUCCUGCUCCCACCAGGCAGGCCCUGGCCCAGCCCUACCAUGUCCCUGUGUGAUGGUGCCACCUCCCCUCUGCCAUGCUCUGCCACCCCUCUGUUCCUGCCCCUGUUGCCACCUCUGCCCCCUGUGCCGUGCACCUCUGGGCCACUGGGCCUGCCUGUGGAGGGAGCGCCACCUGCCCCAGGUGUGUGACCCUCAGGCCCCAGGUAGUGCACCACUGUCUGCCUGGCCCCGACCCUGGACACCACCAUGCAGCCCUGGUUUGGCCAAGAGUCGAAGAGAGAGCUCCCCCAGGGGUCAGAGUCACAGUGACUGGACACAGACCAGGGUCCUGGCAGAAAUGCUGAAUGAAGAGGAGGUUGUACCCUCUGCACCUCCGCUGCCCUCAGGGGCCCCAAGCAAAUCACCAGUGCCAGGAGGUGGGACUGCAGUUCCAAACCUGACCCGGAGACUAGAGGCCUUGAGAGACCAGAUUGGGAGCUCCUUAAAACGUGGACGGAGCCAGCCAGCCCCCAGCCAGGAUCUGCAGAGUCCCAGAUGAAUCCUCCCUCCCUACUGAGAGCACAGGGGAAACCAUGCAGCCUUGGGUUGGGAUCCAGCAUCUCCAGCUGUUAGAUGGGGUAGCAGUUGCUUCUCCUCCCUGUAACUGGGCUGAGGAUGGGAGGGAGAGGGGGAAAUCACUGGGGAGAACAAAGGCAGACCAUGGGAAAUGAGACUGGACUGAGGAACAACCAGGCAGGUGGUGAAAUACAAGAAUAAAGGGAGGUGUUGAUUCCAAGUCUGCUUGGUCCUUACACUCUAAGCAGGCAAUCUCUUCCUUGUGGGGAGAGGGACCUCAGAGAGGAGAGACUUUGCAGUAGUCUGAGGAGGUAGCAAGGAUUCUUGGCAGAGGUGUGUGCUGUCUUAUGAUCAGGAACGUUCCACCUCCUUCUAUUAUACAAGCUUUAAUUGAGCAAUUAUUAUGUGCUGUGGGACAGGCAGAGGGGAAACCAAAUGGUGUACAUCUUCUUGAAGGAGAUCAGUGUAGACUGAUUUGACCUAGAGCUGGGGCAGGUGGAGCAUGGAAGUGAGCAGGACCUCCCAAAUUUGGGUCCUGGCAUCAUCACUUAUCUGUGGGUGAUCUUGAGCAAGUGACUUCAUCCCUCUGGGCCUCAUCUGCACAAUGGACAUAGAUUGUAUCCCCUCACUGGACAGUCAUAGAAUUAAAACCAUUGAUACAUAUAAAAAGGCACAUUUUUUUAGUGCUCAAGAUACUUAAAACAAAAGCAAUCUUCAGUUAACAUGAUAAUCUAAGGGAAUUGACAAUUUGAGUUAAAAAUAUACAUCAAAUAUUUAUCCCACUUUAGACCACUAUU